CGCGUGUUCCGCACCUUCAACGUGGAGAACCGCGCCCGCCGCGAGAUCAGCAAGGAGAAGCCCACGCCCGCGCCGCGACACCCCACGGCGCGCCUUGACGCGCUGGCCAAUCGCCCAGAAAUACAGGAGGAAAUCUACAGAAAGGACGACAGGCUCCUCACUCUGCUAAAGGAUGUUUAUGUCGAGUCUAGAGACCCCCCUAAGCAGGUAAAAGAUCAAGGUGUUGAAUCUCUUCCGUGCAAACAUGAGGAAAAGAGACUUACAAAACUAGGCCAUUUGGAGGCUCUUGAUGUUAAGAAGGUUCCCAAAGGCAAAAUUUCCAUUGUGGAGGCUCUGACGCUUCUCAACAAUCACAAACUUCAUCCUCAUAUAUGGACUGCAGAGAAGAUAGCACAGGAAUAUAGUCUGGAACUGAAGGAGGUCAAGUCUCUUCUGGAAUUCUUCAUUCCCUUUUCUGUGCAGGAAUUUCCUACUGAAAACAGAAAAGCUAUAAAACCAACAUAAAAAUAAUUAUCAAAACCAUGCAAGAUCUCACUCGUGUUUUAACUUCACUCUGAACAUAUUCGUUGUCUGAAAAGAAUUACUAAUAUCAUCCAACAAGGUUGUCAUACCGGUAGGAUGUAUUUGGGCAGUUCAUUCUGACUUCAGCCAAACGCAGCAAGUAUUGGAGGUAGUUUGUAAACCAGAAUGUAUUGUCAGUGAGAUCAUCAGAGAGUCAUGUGGCACCAUGAACCUGCUGUCACAUGCAGGUUCACUUAAAAUAUGUCAGUUCUGGUCGGAGCUCUCUCUAAGAUGGGCGGGUUUUCUUAACAGAGAGACUUUCUGGCCUUCAGCCAAAGCAGUGUUCUGUGUGUACCAGCUCUGUAGUUUCAUGUUAUGGUCCAUAUUGAAGGACUUGUUGCCAAGAUGUAUGUAUAACAAUAUUAUAUAUUUCCUCUGUAUGAAAACAGAAUAGUA